AGACAACAACGCUGAAAACCGUUUCAUCGACCGGCGCUUUUGCCAUGGUGGAUCGCCGAAGGCGUGCCGCGGUGCUGCUAAGCGUGGCUUUGAUGCUGAUCGGCUGGAUGGGCCCUGCGUACGCCGAGAAAAUCGGCGUCCUGUCGUUGACCGGUUUCCUCAGCGACUCGCCGCUGGCUGCAGCGCUCCUGGCGCAGAGCUUUUGGGCGCUGCUGGCCUUUCUGCCGCUGGCCGGCGCCAAGUCCUACCGCCUGCCGCCGCUGGGCGCUGCCUGGUUCACGGCCGGCGUGGUGGCGCUGCUCUCGGUGGUCACCCACGCCAUGUGGUACAAGUCCAUGACUGGCACCACCCCGGCCAUCAACACGCUGCUCUGGAACCUGGACAUUCUGUCGGCCCUGUGCCUCGAGGCCGCCCUCACUUUGCAGCUUCCGCCGCGACCAGUGGCGCUGGGAGGCUGCAUCACGCUGCUUGGGACCACCGUGGCUUUGCAGACCACCUCCGGAACGAACACGUGGUGGGGAUGUCUCCUGUGCUUCCUGGCCACCACGCAGUUCAGUGCGAUCACCAUCUACAUCUCCAGGUGCCUGGACCAGAAGUGCAACCUGCUGAUCUUCAUGUACAUGGAAGGCCUUCUCAGCCUGGCCGCCCUGGGAGUUCUCACCUUGCUGCAGGUGGCGGCGCCUCCCCUGAGCUCCGCGUGGUUCAACUGGCCGGCCAAGACCUCGAUCUUCUUGGGGCUCAGCCACCUGAUGCUGAGCGUGGGGUGGUUCUCCUCCGCGGCGUUCCUGGGCGCCGCGGCGACAGCGCAGGCCGCCACGCUGUCGCUGCCCAUCUCGCUGGCGCUGGAUGCCGCGCUGCUGCGGGCCUCCGUCUCCCAGGUCCAGCUGGCGGGAAGCUUCUUCGUGGUGCUUGGCCUAUGGGUGGGCCACCAGAGCGGCGCGCCCAAAGAGGCCGACCCGCUGAAGGAGCCGCUCCUGGCCUAAGCGAAGGAGCCGAGAGUCUGGAAGGUGGUGCAAACACCGCCGAGCGAGAGAGGCGGCGGGUGGUUUUCUGGGCGGUUUUUGCCAGAACUCCCCGGGGCGCUGGGCGAGUAGAAACUGGGCCUUGCGUUAAGGCGCGACGGGUGGAUACGUGCGAUGCACGGAUGGCAGCUCAAAAGUUGGAAUUUCGGGA